UGCCGAUUCUGCGUGCUCUUACGAAUCCCACAGCCUGCCACUCAUCAUAACGAAUGAUAUCCAUUCUGCUUCUCGUGCUUGGCCUGGCAGUCGUCCAGGCCAUUGCUGAUAGUAACAAUGCCAACUGCACCAACAGCAUCACCAUAACCAGCCAAACCGAGGCCGACUACCUUUCCUCCUGCGACACCAUCGCUGGCACCAUCACAAUCGGCUCAAGCACUACAGGAUCUAUCACAUUUAGCAAGAUUCAAAAAAUCCAAGGCGGAUUCACGGCUGAUGGAGUAUCGGGUCUUACUACGUUGUCCGCGUCGAAUCUCCAGACUAUCGCUGGAUCCUUGACGCUCACACAUAACGACGACCUUACCAGUGUGGAUUUUUCAAAUCUUCAGACUGUCAAAGGCGGUUUGACGGUGGAGGAUAAUCAGGCGCUGAAUACGAUUGGUUUUGAUGAUUUGCAAGAGGUCGAUGGCGAUUUAUCCCUGACAGGGAGUUUUAAUUCAAUCUCCCUCUCCGACCUCGACCAAGCAAAAGGCAAAACCACAAUCCGCGGCUCCAACUCCUUCUCCUGCGCCAACCUCAACAGCAUGAACAGCGAUGGUGUCUUCACAGGCUCCUACUCCUGCUCCAACGGCUCCAACACCGGUCUCAGCUCCGGCGCAAAAGCCGGCAUCGCCAUCGCCGUCAUUCUACUCGUCAUCCUCGUCCUCGCCGUCGCCUGGAUGCUGCUCAAACGCCGCCGAAAGCAGCGCGCUUUAGGCUCAGCAUCCACAUUCACACCCCUAGCCGCUGCAGCCGGUGAUGUCGACGAGGAGAAGCCAAAAGAGCCAGAACCAGCCGUGCGAGACGUGAGUCCGAAUAACAGUCCGACAAAUGCGAAUGCGAAUACGCCUGCCGCGGCGAUGGUGAUACCCCGAAAGCCGACUCGCGCGUCAAUACCGCCUGACCCGGUACCUGUUACGCCGUCGGAAUCGGUCGUGCCGAUGCUGGAUAGUGAGAAUGUGCAUGAGGUCGCGGCGGUGUCGAGUCCGAGCGUGUAUUAUGAGUUGGAUGCUGGGCCGGUGAGCGGGAGGCAUCAGCGGCCGAUCAGCCAUGCGUAGGAGUUAUGAUUAUGAUUUGAUUUAUUUUUAGAUACCUCAUAUGUGAUACCAUGAUUUAUGUUCAAAAUGCAAAUAAAUAAUGUUCUUUUUUUGUUUGACUGAUAAAAAGAAACAGCAAAAAAGAAUCUCUC